AUGUCGAGACAGAAGGCAGCAGCCCGCCUCAAACCACACACCACCCUCGCUCCUUCCGAGCCUGCCGGGCGAUCAGGGAGCCUUCCCUUCCGAGCAAUCCCAAAACAUAAGGGAAGCGUAGUCGCUGCUCGCCUCGGGCUGCCGGGCAUUGGACUGUGCGCGGCGAGGACGUGGGAGCCGCUGCCUCUCUCCCUGUCUCCCUGUCUCCCGCCGCUGACGCUCCGUCUCCCGCCGCCCGCCCGCUGCCCCCGGGACGCGGCUCCGCCGGCGGAGGCGGAGACAAAGCGCGGACUGGAGCAGGCGGACGGGAGGGCGCGCCCCGCUCCCCGCCCCGCCCCGCCCCUCCCGCCGCCACGGGCGGGGCACGCGCGCGCAAGCACCGCCCCUCGGAGGCGGGCCCGGGGCGGGCCCGGGGGAGCCGUGAGGGACCCCGGGUGGGCGGGGGCGGUGCGGAGCGGGCCGGGGAGUGGGGCUGUUGGCGGCGCAGCGGCAGCUCGGGCCCCGUGCCGGGCGUCACCGGGCUUAUGUGGAGCAGGUGUCUGCGGAGGGCACCCGCCGCCCCCCGUCCACUCGGAGCUGUCGCCGCCUCCGAGCAUCACACUCGUUCCGCGCCGGCGGGAGGCGGAGAGGCGGCGAGGGGCUCGGAGAUGCCCGCGGGCGGACGGAGUGUGCCGCACCGCCCGCGACAGCACGGUGCGGGACAGGGGCGGCCGGCCGCAGCCUCCCGAAGGACUCGCCCCUUCUCCGCGGUAUCCGGGGCCGCUGCGAGCCCCGCGCAUGGGGCCGGGACGGGCYGUGCUCCUGUGGGCGCAUCCCCCGGGUCCCCGGGGGGAGCGCGGCUGGGGCUGCAGCUGGCGGCUGGCCGUCCGCUUGYAGCCUUUCCCCCUUGCCACCGCUUCAAUCGUGCCUCGGUGGUCGCUAGCUCCGCUAAUCCCUGUCUCGGAGCCGAUCCAGCCGGGAGCAGGAGCAAGGGGCGCUAAUGCAUUAAUCCCCUGUCUCCGUCCCCGCCGAGGCCCCCCGCCGCUGCCGCCGGCGGUAAUCCCCCCGGCUCGGCCGCGGGGUGGUGCGGGGGCUGCGCCGGGCACCGCUCCCCGCCCGCCGCGCUCCCGGGACAGCAUUCCCGCGGGGGGAGGCGCGGAGCCUCCGCCGGGCCACGGACCCCGCCGGGGCCGGUGCUCAGACCGUGGCCGCCCCUGCAUCCUGCCCUCCGCGCCUUUGAGCUUUCCGCUCUCCCCGUGUCCCACUCCUCCUGCGCCCCGCUGGCUUCUCAGAGCAUCAGGGCUGGGACGGACAGGCUGCGGGUGGGGGCUACGCWACAAACCCUACAAAAUAGCUCAAAGUCGCUGCAGCGGUAGAGUGCGGUGACAGAGKCAGGAAUUCUUGGUGAGGUCUCCAUGGAGCUGUGCAUUUUAAAAGCCCUAUCUGAACAAUUCACACAAGCUAUACAGAAUUUCUUCAGCUCCUUCCAACCCCUCUGCAAGUGGGUGGAAGAAGGGGRUUGCAACUGACAAACUGAAAAGAAGAAGGAGGACAGAGGAGAAAAGAGGAGCCAGGAUAAAAUGGAAGAGCUUGGAAGACAACUCCAGCUGAGAUUUGUGACUGUGCAACAGUCAAGAAAGAAGGAAACAGGAGAGAAGGGCAAGAAGGAGGGAAACCAGAGAGAAGUGAUGGGGAAAGAGUGGAAAGCAAAUAAUCUCUUAUGUGCUGCAGGAGAUUAGCAAGAUAAACUAAAGCAGUGAAGGAAGAAUGGGACUGGUUAGACCUUGACCAACCAAUGGACCUUGACCAUUGAGCAGCUGAUUGAAAAUUAUCUUUUCAGUCAGAUUUCAUCCUUCRAUUCUGAAAGACUGCUGAAUUAAAACAAGAAGAAAUGGGAGAUUGAAUUGCUCUAUGUUUAUACGUGCUUUUAAAUAGCGUAAAUUUUUGUACAUACUAAAGGAAGAAUUGAUGUCAAACACAUUGUGGCCUGCUAAGAUACAGAAGAGUGACUGAAAAUGUGUUGAAAAACAUGACAAAGUCUUUGGGAAGAAGCUGUGUCCUCCUUUUGGCACAGCGGUUUUCAUGAGUGUCAGUCACCUCUAACACAGCCUGAUGAUCUCUGGACCCAAAUCUGUGUGGAAAAAAGUGACACAGGAUAACCAAAAAAUAACAGUGCUAUGGGACAUGGGAUCUGUCUAGAAAGGGACCAGCUUGGCAGUCAUCAUCUCUGGGUGUGCUGGAUGGAGUUUGGCUCCUCUUGUCUCACAGCUGUGAGCAAAGUGAAAUCAGCAGGUGAAAGGAAAUGCGUCUCUCUCUCAUCCUCUCUGUGCACCUUAMCUCACCAAAGCUGAGUUAAUCUCCCUGGUCUCUCACAGAGAAGAGCACAAAUUUGUUUGUCUCAAAUGGAAAACAUGGGAUGAGCCAUAAAUUUGUAGCACAGUGUGGUUUUUUUUGGAUUACAGUGGGGAGUUGAUGGGGUCUCCUGAGUGAUUUCUGAGAAUGCUGUCUAGCAAAGAUAUUCUUCAGGAAAAAGAGCAGAAAUUGAUAUUUUCCUCUGCUUGUCCGUAAUCCCUUUUGCAAAGAGAACAGAUCAGAUGGUGUUUCUAGCCCUAGUUCCAUUGACUGGUCUAGAAGGGGCUCUCUUUUGGCUUUUUCCUUUAUUAGAUGAAGGAAAGUAAUAGUAAGAAUUCUGGAAACACAUAACCAGUAGUCUGGAUUUUUCUGGAUCAUUAUCUGUAGUSUGCUAAUUCAAAAAGGUUUUGCUCAACAAGAAGUUGCACUGAAGCUCAUACAGAAAGGUGAGGAGUUGGAUGUGUCUUACUCUGCRCUGAUAGCCUCUGGCCCAUCURAGGAUGAUGAUGAUGAGAGGAGCAGCCCCUCCCUUCCUCCCUCCUUCCAGGCUGGAGUUUCCUGGUGAUUGUUGGAGCUGAAAAGCAUUUGCUAAUGAGGCCUGCACUAUUAGCAGGGAACAAGGGAAGGAGAGUGGAGACUUCCUGUGUUUGCUCAUUCCUGGCAAUCAUUACCUAGCUGCUGCUCCCAACUGUGACUCUCCCAGGUAAAUCACAGCCUAGACAUUCCAGUCCUGCCUGAGUUUCAGUCACUCUGCUGCCCUGAUAUUAGUGCAAAAAUUGAGAGGAAGUGAGUAAAAGCCAUUUGGAAGAUUAGUCACUGUUUCAACAAAAAGCACAAGAGACCAGGCAGACACUGACUGCUGGGAGAAGUCUGUUUAACUCACUGUGAAAAAGGGUUUUCCACUGUUUGAAACUGCAUAUUUGAUUUCUGACUCAAAUCGUUGUUCUUUCCAUAAACCACCACACCAAACUUUUUACCAGUCUUUUAGAGUGUGCUUACCAGGGCAUGUGUGGAAGUUUAGUAGAUAAAGAAUACCUCAUGGUUGGAGAAGUCCAAGACUAUGCAUAAAGGAGAAGAAAUGUGGAGGAAAACAUCAGCUUGCAUGCAAUAAACCACAGGCAUCCUCGUUUAUGUGCCAUCAGUAAUGAAACUCCCACUAGCUGAAAAACAAAUUAACAUGUUAUUGCCCAGGGUAUCAUUUAUAGCAAUAUUCUUAGUGACUAACUCUUUAUUUGGUCUGUCCUGAAGACAACAUUGUUCCUCAUUUUUGGCAAGAAUUUCCUGUGGAUUCUUGGAMUGUACCUUCAACUCUGUGUGGAAUAUGCAUUACUGUUCACAGAAAAUCAGCAGAAAACAUAUGUGCAUUUUAAUAUCUACAUGUACACUAUGUCAAAGACACAAAUAAAACUUGAUGCAAGAGUAUUAAAUUUUUGCUUGGGCCUGUGUUCAAUUGAAAUCUUUAUGUUGGAUGGUUAAAUAAAAAUCAAAGUAUAUUUGUAAACAUGCUGUGUUUGAUGUGGGCUAAAGUGCUCAGAGAAAAUAAGUGGACUUAGAGAAGUCUUUGGGAGUUUUGUCACUGAGUUUCAUGGGACCUGAACAUUGCUCAAAAGACAAAGUCAUCAACAUUUACCAGUUGGUAACCAUGCCUUUGUGAAAACAGAAAACUGGGAAAACCGUAAGUGUAAAAUAGAAUAAAAAAAAAUCCCGAGAUGUUAAACUGUAAAGUCUGGUUCAAAUCCUGGUCUCACUUGAAUCAGUGGCCAAACUGUAGCUGACCUCAGUGUAGUGAGACAGCAGUUUUCAAGUUCAAAUCCUGAUUUUGGUGUUGUCUUCGUGUAUGCCAAGUAAAAYAUACAAACAUCACCUUUCGCUGCAAUCUACUUCAUGCUAAUUAAAUUAAUAUAUUA